AUCUCGUGCUUGCAUCAGACGAAAGAGAAGACACGCAAGAUCUUCGCCGCUUUGUCCUUGCACACUUUUGACGGUAUUCUAAGGAACAACACAAGUUAAGAUGGGAGGUUUAUCAAAGAUCAUGGAGGAUUUACCAGAGGGUUAUGGCUACGUAAUUCUAACUGGGGUGGGCAGCACGUUUGUCAAUAUGUGGAUGGCCAUGAAUGUUGCCAAGGCACGCAAACAGUAUGAAGUAGCUUACCCAGAUAUGUACUCUGAAAGCAAGAUGUUCAACUGCAUCCAGAGAGCUCACCAGAACACAUUGGAAGGGUACCCAACAUUCUUGAUGUUGCUUUUUGUAGGAGGCCUUCAGUAUCCUCUGACGUCAGCAGGAGGAGGAGUAAUUUAUCAAUUGGGCAGGAUAGCAUUUGCAAAAGGAUACAGCACUGGAGAACCUGAGAAGAGACGAUGGGGAACAUUUGGCUACAUCGGUUUACUUGCCAUGCUGGGAUGCUCUGUUGGGGCAGCAGUGAGGCAGCUGAAACUUCUUUAAAUUGUGUUUCAUUUGACCUGUAAGAAAGGAGUGCCAGCACAGGAUGUUUGGUGUUAUAAAGCAGCUGAUUAUUUUUCGUAUUCCAUUGUAGUGAUAUAUUGUGAAUAUUCUGUCGAAUUCAAACCAAUGUAAGAUUAUAGUAUUUCAAUAAUCAGAGUAAUUGACUAGUAAGUGCAGUGGUUUGUUAAAGUCACAAAUACCUUUGUUUAACAUGUUUUAAAAGGAAACACCCCAGACUUUGAAUUCAAUCAACUCUUUAAAUAUUGAUACAUACAUGUUUCUACAAAUGGAUGAAAUUAAUAUUCAUAGUAGUAAUUAUCAUAAACAUGUUUAUCACUACUGCUGGUGGAAGUUUACUGAAGAGAAUAAAUAUAUUAGUAGAUCCUGCUAUUUAUUGAAGACUAGGUUUAGAUAAAGUGAUAUUUCUAAUUGUCUGAUAUUGUUUACUUAAUGUUAUUGGUGUUGAAGAUUUAGUUAACUUUUGUUAAUUUUGUGCUGACUAAAUGGUCUUGUGCUGAUACAUUUUCAUAUCACAUGCCAGUAGUCAUCUUGUCCAUAUAUUGUGCCAACAGUUUCAUGACAGCAAAUCAAAAGAUUUUUUAUGCUUCAGUGUCUGAAUUGUUAAGUUAAAGUCAUUGGUGCCUUGAUUGGAAAGUGUCAAUUGAUUACAAAUUUUAGUCAUUCGUAAAUUUGAAAUUGCAAAUUGCCAAUCAUGUUGAAUGAAGGAAAUUUUGUUCAAAUGCUUUUAAAAAGUUACUAAGCAUAAUAGUAGUGUGAGUUUUAUAUGUGUCUAAAUUGAAAUAACAUGUUAGGAAAGCAAAGAUGAUGAAUUUCAAAUGCCAGUGCACUUAUGCCAAGCACAUUUAAUAAAUUUAAAUUCAAAUAUGCAUGUCUUGUUCUCUCUCUCAUUAUAUAUGCUACUGUGUAUGCAAUGUUAUUAACAACUGUUUACAGAAAUUUGUGAUGGUUAAGCUAUUUCCUUAUUUAUCCUUCUGAAAACAUUUAGACUUUUAGUUCUAAUUAAAAUUUCAUUUCAUACGAAGGGUAUUUACCUGGCCAGUAAUUAGUCAGUAGAUAACCACUGAUCAUUGAUUGGCAGGACUGGACCAUUUAUUGGUGAAGAUAUACAUCACUGUGAUUGGUCAAUAGAUAGAAUUAAGUAUGUGGCCUUAAAGGGAUAUAUUGUGUAUUUGUGUAGAAUUGAAUAUGUGUUUGUAAUUAAAAAAAACUUUCAAAUAUUGAA